GCUUCACCUCCAUCUCCAGGUGCGUGUGGUUGUCAGGAGAUCGCGGUGUAUUCUGUGCUCAUGCCGUACUUCCCAGCCUCUGGUGCAUCUUCAUCCUCCUGCGCCGAUCCUUACCGCGUUCGUGCUCUUUACGAGCGUUCCCCUUGUAUGUGCUGGCCCGCCGACCUUUGCUACCGAUCUGGCGCUCUCGUGGUGGAGGAGGCUUGCAAGGUUGGAUCCUACCCCGGGUCGAGUGGCUACUUUGUUUCAGGCACUUAUACGUGCACUCACUGCGACAUGUCUGCGCAUCCGUAUUACCAUGCGGCUUCCUGUCCUAUGGCAUGGUGGACAUUCGAAACGUCCAGGGUCUGACGCGUACCCUACGUCCCAUGCAGAAGCUCGAUACUGGCGGCUUGCGGAGCGGUAUAGGCAAAGACUCUAUUCCGGCGGCACACAAGUCCAGGCGCAAAUAGCGUUAGGGUCCAGGAACGGGCGCUCGCGUGUCAGUGCACAGCUGGUGGAAUAUUAUAUACCCCGUCUACUCCCUGUGUACCGUGAAACGGGGAGGAACGUGAACUCCCAAGAGGCGGAUGCGACAUUCACCAUAUCACCAAAGACGUACUGUAAAUGGCACAGAAUGGUAUUCCCGGAUCGGCCGCACCCGACCCUCACUCAAGCCGCUCGACGGAUUAAACAGCACUCUUCAAGGGACCUUCGUGAGAUCCUCCGUAUUUCGCGACUAGCCCCUGUUAGAAAGGCCUUUCGUGCGGACGGACAUGAAGAGAGAUGCGCUACGAAAUACCGAAAGCUCUGGCAAGCGUACCUGGACCAGAGAAGUAUGGAUUUGGUCAUAGUGUUCGAGUAGCUGCCGUCGUAUGAUGGACCUGCACGUUCCAUGGGGAUUACAUCUUCGCUCGAGUAGUGAGAUUUUGCAACCAGCUGAGUGCCCCAAGACUGGUUAAUUGUAAACCCAAGCUCGGACAUUUUCGG